AUGUCUGUUCCGGAGGAACAGUCCGAAGAGGUGGACUUCGAUACUACGGGCGAUAAACCUAAGGCUACCGGUGUCGACUACCUAUAUGGCGAGGCCCUGUACCGGGCCGACCCUCGAUCUAGUCCAGCCGGAAAAUCCGGUACCCCCGGAUCCGUCUCGGCGACUCGCGAGGUUGUCAUCUCGGGAGGAGCCUUUAACACGCUGCAGAUCUGGAAGCUCUCUGGCAUCGGGCCCGCCGCGGAGCUAGAAACAUUCGGUAUCCCGGUUAUCAAGGACCUUCCCGGCGUCGGCGGUAACCUACAGGACCGAUACGAAGCUGGUGUGACAGUCUCAUCGUCGAGUAAAUUCGCGCUCUUCAAAAACUGCACAUUCAUCACAACAGCCGACGACCCCUGCUACGAAACAUGGACGCAGCGAAGCUCCGACCCCUUAGCACACGGUCCGUAUCACGACGGCAUGCGUCUAGCGAUCCAAGUCUUCGACGCCCUUCCACCUCUCGAGACCGGCGAGUCGUUUGAGCGCGUGUGA